AUGUCAGGCACCCAGUUCCAGCAAGAAUAUGACGAGAAGGGCUCCUCGCCAACACUGACGCACGCCCCGACCGUCUCGGACCAUGGCGAUGUCGACGAGAGGCCGAACCGUCCAGACAGGCCCGCUCACCUCAACCUUCCCACCGAGACAGAACGAUUCUCGACAGACCAGCGAUAUUUCUCGCCAACCGAGUCUCAGCACCAGAACUCACGCUUGGUCGACGACCUCACCCUGCUCAAGGCCGAGCGCGCUGUCAGCAACCAAGAAGGCGCCGAGCUUCGCAGGUCCCAUUCCGGCGUACGCAGCGGAGUCUCCGCAAAGCAGGAUGUCUUCAACCAGCCUCAGCAGACCCCCACCAUGGCCCUCCCAAGCGAGCCUCCCAACAAACUUAACAAGGUCUUCAAACACAUCAAGAAACUGCCUCGGAUGAUUCGAUACUUCCUGUACAGCCUGCCCAUCACAGCCAUCCUGUUGAUACCCAUUCUGCUGGGCAUAUUCGUUGAUCGUGACCACCAGGCCGUGAUUGGCGGCGCCGGAGGUGUACAGCUGUUGUGGUUUGGUAUCUGGCUCGAGGUCGUGUGGCUUUCCCUAUGGGCUGCGAGAAUCGCCACUUCGAUCAUGCCGUACAUCCUGAGUCUCGGUGCUAAGAUCAUGGGAUCAGGAAACCCCAAGAAGUGGAAGGAAAUUGGACGACAGCUCGAGCUGCACAUGUCCUUAUUUCUCUGGUUGCUGGCCGUUCUCAUAUCAUUCCUUCCCAUUAUGAACACCCACAAGGUUGCAGCUCGGGUGCCAGACGAGGCCGAUACCGCUUACCCUUAUAUUUCUUGGAUCAAUAUCGUCAACAAAGUCAUCAUCGCCCUCUUCGUCCUGGCGGUUAUGAACUUCGUGGAGAAAGUCGUGAUUCAGUGGAUUGCUACAUCCUUCCACAUGCGAACGUACUCGACACGUAUCGAGUUGAACAAGCAAAGCAUCGCCUAUCUUGUCCACCUCUACGAGCAUUCCAAGGACAGACUUGUUUCCGAGGCGGCGGUGAUGGGUGGUGAGCCGGGCUCCGGGGCCAAGACGCCCCUGGGCCUUAUCACUGACAAUGCUCGCGAAAUGGCCAACAGGGUGGGUGACGUUGCAAACCGCGUGGCUGGAGAUUUCACGGGUCGCGAGGUCAGGCUCAGGAACCACCCGCGGAAGGUGGUUUCGGAACUGCUCCGUAACACCAGCUCCGCCCAGGUCCUAGCUCGUCGCCUGUUCCGUACCUACGCUCAGCCUGGAAGCGAUGUUCUUACCCCCCACGACUUGAACCCGGCCUUUCCCACGCCAGACGAUGCCGAGGCCGCGUUCCUUGUGUUCGACCGAGAUCUCAACGGUGAUGUGUCAUUGGAGGAACUGGAGGCGUACUGUGACGAAGUCCACCGUGAGAAGAAGGCGAUUGCCGCCUCCCUCAAGGACUUGGACUCGGUCAUAACCAAACUGGACAGGGUCUUUUUCGUCAUCAUUUUCAUCAUUGUCGUGAUCAUCUUCAUCUCCAUCAUCUCUGCAUCCACUGCCGCAGCGCUGGCCUCCGCAGGUACCGCCGUCCUUGGUCUCUCUUGGCUCCUUCAAGCUACAGCCCAGGAAUUCCUGCAGUCGAUCAUCUUCGUUUUCGUCAAGCAUCCCUUUGAUGUUGGGGACCGAGUUACUGUGUAUGGCAAUACCGGAACUACCCUUACAGGCGACGAUUACUAUGUCACGGAGAUCUCGCUUCUCUACACCGAGUUCAAGAAGAUGCAGGGCCACAUUGUGCAGGCACCGAAUUCCGUGUUGAACACCCUGUUCAUCCUGAACCACCGUCGUAGUGGCCAACUAGCAGAUAUUUUCGAGCUUACCAUAAAAUACGGUACACCGCCCAGCGUGAUCAAGGAGCUUGAGGCCCGCAUGACCGAAUUCGUCUUGGAGAACAAGAGAGACUACGGAAGCAAGAUCAUCACCGAACUCCUUGGUUUCGAAAAUGCUUGCAGCAUGACGGUCAACUUCAUCAUCUUCCACAAGACAAGUUUCCAGAAUGAACUUCUCCGUCUCACCCGACACAACAAACUCGCCAUCGAGAUGAUGAACCAUAUGGUCAGUCUUGGCAUCGAGCAGCCGCGGCCACAGUACCAGAUUUCCGGACGCGACUACCCAAUAUACCAGGCGAAUAUCUCGCCUCCUUCGUACGAUGACCAGCAGCAGCAACAGCAGCAGCAACAUAAUGUGGAUCCCGCUCUCUUGACGGCGACGCGGCGACGAGCCAACUCGCGUACUGCCGAGCGUCCUGCCGACCAGGACCUGUUCCAGGAUGUUUUCGUCAGCCGCAAAAUCAGCUCGCACCAGCAUCUGCCCAUGACCCAUCCGCCACGGAUCAACGAGGAGCCGACCGUCGCAGAAGCCAGUGGCGCCUUGAACAGCCAUAACCACCUCGAGAGGCCUCCGACCAACGAUAGCGGCAGGAGGCAUAUAUUCCGCCGUGUUGGCACCAUGAGGAGAAGCGCUGAUGGUGGCUCCGACCGAGGUGACCCCCGGGACAUUGUUUGA